UAGACGGACAGAAAAAAACAAAAACAUAUUAAAUGUCAAGUGUUGGCACUUGAGGAAGGCCUGCAUGCAUAUAAACACCACUUGGGAAACAAGCUCAGAGUGAUAGGAAACAAAAGAAGAAAAAUAGAAGAUUUGUGUCUGGGCUGUGUUGAGACAGAAAAGAUGGUGGUGGUGAUUCUGAUGAUGGUGGUGUUUGCGAUGGUGGAGAUGACAGCAGCGUCUGCGCCUUCUUCUGAGAUGGACAUAAAACAUGAAGAUGAGACCGUCCGGGCCAAACGAACCCAAUGCAUCUGGUAUCCGCUGAGCAUCGAGGUCACAGAGAUUCCCUCCAAUAUCUCCAGCGACACGCAAUGCCUGAAAGUUAAGCAGACGCAGAUCCGACUGAUUCCCCAGGGUGCUCUUAGCAGCCUGCAGCACCUCGAGAAACUCACCAUAACAGAGAACAACCUGCUGGAGAGAAUCGGUGCGUUUGCCUUCGCUGGCCUCCCACGCCUCACUCAUAUCUACAUAUCUGAAAAUGUUGCAUUAGAGAGCAUCGAGGCUUUUGCUUUCUCUAAUCUCCCUGAACUCUCUGAAAUAACCAUCACAAAGUCAAAACACCUGAGACGUAUCGAUUCAGAUGCUUUCAGACACAUCAUGAAACUACAGUAUAUGACCAUCUCCAACACCGGACUGAGAGUUUUUCCAAAUUUCCGUCAGAUCCAGUCCACGGCCACCAGAUUUGUGUUGGACCUGCAAGAGAACAGUCACAUAGAGAAAGUCCCCGCCAAUACCUUCAGAGGCCUCUGCACUCAAACUAUCAGCGAGAUACGGCUCACUCGAAAUGGUAUCAAGGAGGUGGCAAGUGACGCCUUCAACGGCACAAAGAUGCACAGAUUGUGUCUGAAAGGCAAUGAACAGCUUACUCACAUCAAUCCCAAUGCCUUUGUGGGUUCCAGUGAGUUGGUGGUACUGGACAUUUCCCACACAGCACUCAGCUCCCUGCCAGACUCCAUCCUCGCUGGUCUCGAGAAGCUGUUUGCAAAGUCCGCCAUUAAUCUGAAAGAGCUUCCUCCUCUGCAUCUUUUUACCAAACUCUACCAGGCCAACCUGACGUACUCAUCGCACUGCUGCGCCUUCAAGAACGUGCACAGAAAACGUAGGUCAAACUGGAGCUCCCUGUGUACCCACCCUGAGGCCCCAGAUAACAUUCAAUUCUACAGAGCCCACUGCUCCAACGUCACCUCCAUCACCUGCACCCCAGCCCCCGAUGCCUUUAACCCCUGUGAGGACAUCAUGUCCACCACCCCGCUACGGGUCCUCAUCUGGAUCAUCUCCAUCCUGGCCCUGUUGGGGAACGCAGCGGUACUCGUGGUCUUGUUAGGCAGCCGCUCCAAAUUGACCGUCCCCCGUUUCCUCAUGUGCCACCUUGCUUUCUCUGACCUCUGCAUGGGCAUCUACCUGGUCGUCAUAGCAACUGUAGACAUGCUCACACGUGGCCAAUACUACAACCACGCCAUAGACUGGCAGAUGGGUCUGGGCUGCAGUGCAGCGGGCUUCUUCACGGUGUUUGCCAGUGAACUGUCAGUGUUUACAUUAACAGCGAUCACCCUGGAACGCUGGCACACCAUCACACACGCUCUGCGGCUCGACCGUAAACUUCGUCUGAGGCACGCGUGUAUUGUCAUGACAGCAGGAUGGAUCUUCUCCUCGCUUGCUGCCUUUCUGCCCACAGUCGGAGUCAGCAGCUAUGGCAAGGUGAGUAUCUGCCUGCCCAUGGACGUGGAGUCUGUGAAGUCUCAGAUCUACGUGGUGUUUCUGCUCCUUCUCAACAUCCUGGCGUUCCUCUGUGUGUGCGUCUGUUACCUCAGCAUCUACCUGACCGUCCGAAACCCUUCGUGCCCCGCCCAUGCAGACACCCGCGUUGCCCAACGCAUGGCCGUCCUCAUCUUCACCGACUUCAUCUGCAUGGCUCCCAUCUCCUUCUUCGCCCUCUCGGCCGCUCUCAAGCUCCCUCUCAUCACCGUCUCCAAUUCCAAACUCCUGCUGGUGCUCUUCUACCCCAUAAACUCCUGCUCCAACCCCUUCCUCUACGCCUUCUUCACCCGCACAUUCAGACGGGAUUUCUUUCUCCUUGCUGCUCGGUUCGGCUUGUUUAAGACGCGAGCGCAGAUUUACAGGACGGAGAGUUCUUCGUGUCAGCAGCCGGCCUGGACUUCUCCAAAGAGCAGCCAUGUGAUGCUGUGCUCCUUGGCCCAGACGCUGAGUCAAGAUUGAAAACAAGAAUACUAACUUAAUCAGUGAUAAUAAAAAAAAAAACUACAGCCUGGCAUGGCAAAUACAGACAGUUUCUCUGAGAGCUGAACGAGAUAUUAACAGAGUUGAGUGCAUGACAGCAAAAGUUGAAGUGACCUACAGAUACUUCAGAAGUAUCUAUUUAACUUCUAAACUAUAAAUGGACUGGAGCCUGUAUAGUGCUUUUCUAGUCUUCUGACUGCUCAAAGUGCUGUUACACCGCAGGUCACACCUACACAGUCAC